AUGGAAUUUCUUGGCUACUGCAUGCUCAGUCAGACAGAAAGACAUGGGGGUGAAUCCAUGAUCACCUUGUAGUAUUUCACUGGAUGUUUCAGAAGAGCAGAUGGGAAUAGUGAGCAGUGGAUAAGUGAUUUCAAGUCUUCCCAUACUCAGAUAAUUCCAAGGGACCGGUCCAUGCCCCAUUUCAGAGUCAAGAUGGAGCUGCUGAAGGGACUGCCAUUGCGCCGUACUUUCCUGGCUGUCAUCCUAAACCUGCUGGCUCUCACCCUCUCCACCACAGCCUUGCUGGGCAGCUACUGGUGCACCGGGACCCAGAAAGUACCCAAGCCUUUGUGUGGGAAGAGCAAAGCCUCCCAGUGCGUGGGUGUCCCCAUGCCAUCUGAUGCAGACACCAGCAACGUUUCCACUGAGGACACAGUGCACUACAGCUGGGAGACCGGGGAUGACCGCUUUGCCUUCAGAUACUUCCACACAGGGAUGUGGCUUUCCUGUGAAGAGAGCAUGGAAGGGCCAGAAGAGAAAUGCCGCAGUUUUAUUGAGCUUUCACCACCAGCAGAGAGAGGAAUCCUGUGGCUGUCACUGGGAUCAGAGAUGCUGUACAUCAGCUUACUGCUCAUCAGCUUCAUCCUCCUGAUGGUGGAAAUUCUGCAUACUGGCAAUCCUGUCUGCGGGAUGAAGCUCAAUGCUUUUGCUGCUGUCUCCUCAGUGCUGUCAGGUCUCCUUGGGAUGGUGGCACACAUGAUGUACUCUCAAGUCUUCCAGGCAACAGUUAAUCUGGGACCGGAGGACUGGAGGCCGCACACAUGGGACUAUGGCUGGGCAUUCUACAUGGCCUGGGCCUCCUUUACCUGCUGCAUGGCCUCUGCUGUCACCACUCUCAAUACCUACACCAAGACGAUACUGGAGUUCAAAAGGAACCACAUCAAGGGAUUUGAUGGGAGCCUCAAGGAUCACCCUCAGCACCACCAGUGCUUCAUACAGCAAAUAAGCAGCUACUAUGAGCCCAAAGGCAAGGUCUUCCAUUCAGUCUCUGAGGGAGUUGACUUCUACACUGAUCUGCAGCAGAAAAUGCUACAGCGGGAACCAGAGCUGGACCUGGAUGAAGUCUUGGGCCAGACAAUCGGGGAGGAUCGCUGUUAGGGAUGAGUGUACAGGGACGGAGCAGCAGGGUUUGGGAGGAACAAGAGCUCUGAACCAAGCACUGGCACCACUCUUAGCAGGUUUUGGGGAGCUCUUCCAGUCUCUAAAGGGAGUAAGGAGGCAGGCACGGGGUCAGGGUAACUAGAGUAGAAGUUUGGGGGUCUUCCCUGGUCAUAUACAGUGUGAUGGGUGCCCUCCUCUGACAAGGGUGAAACUGGAGGGACAUGCUGGUGCCAGCUGUCUCCAAGCACUUUCAGAGUUGAGUCAGAUGUCCUAAUCCCAGUAUUGCACUGGGGAACAGAUAGUCAGCACCAUCCAGAUGGCAAACUGCACUGCUGGGUGGUGUCACAUUGACCUUCCAUCAGCACCUCCAGUUCAGUGCUGUGGUGAGGGCCAUCAGUGUUCAUAUUGAUCCGCUGUCACCCUCUCUGAACACCCUGUUUAUUCUUAACUUCCAGGCCCAAACUCUUCUCCCUGUCCCCAGAUUAAAAGUCCUGCUACAGUAGGAACAGGGGGUAGCUUUCAGAUCUCUCCUCCUCCUUCCUAUCUGUAAUGACUCCCACAUGUUCCCUUCUUGCUUUUUGCCCAAAAAUCUCCCAUUCUGAGGUACUUUGCUGUCUGCCUCUUUUUACUGUUUUUUCAUAACCAUUAAGAAUUUGGCAGGACUUUUGCUUUUUAUGUUACCUCCAUUCAUCUGUUCCUUUUUGUCCAUUGUAAAAAUAUUGCAAACAACCCCCGAAUCAAAACCCCAAGCAAACUCAUAAUCUCUCAAAAGUGAAACACUGGUUCACAUGACACAUGACGCUGUACACAGUAUUUAUUUUGUUUCACUGCAGUUCAAAUACAUUUUUCCAACAAUA